AUGCAUUUUCAACAGAUUUCGUUUUUUCCUUUACUUGCAGCUGUAGCUGUUGAAGGAGCCGCUGUACCAAGCAAAUCUUCAACAGCUACAUCCCCAACCUAUACAGGGCCGGCUGAACCUACCAAUUGGCCAGCACAAAAUGAAAUGGAUGUUGGCCAUAUCAAAUUGCGAGCCGAUACCGAUUCUGAAAAGUGCAUCAUGACAAUCACCAAUGUGUUUGACUGCAGUGGCAAGGCCACAGUGGCCAAAUAUAACACUGAAACCAACGUCUGCGAGCCCACUGUCAAGGGAAUACGUGACAAGGGAAUUGCCAUCACAGGCUGCGAGGAUAGCAAUGCCCACCUGUAUUACGACAUCUGGCCGAGCGAAGAGACCGGCCCCUCCCACGAGAUCUUUUUCAAUAAUAAGUUCGGAAACCACGUGUCCUGGUCUAUGGAUGAUUAUGUGAAUGGCGCUGCUAUUGAUGACGGAAAAGAAUCCUGGAGUGCAAUGUCGGAUCCAACAUUCUAUGAAUGCGACGCAUAUCAAGAACCAAUCGGCCAGGGUGGGUACUAG